AAUGAUUCAACUCAGCACAAAAGGUACACUAGUGAGUCAUGGCUCAUGGGUGGGUUGUGCAUCAAAUUUCUUUUUUUAAGUCUGGCAUAAAUAAGAUAGAUCAACCUGCAUGCAAGUUCUCUAUGGUUUGAUAAGCUAAUACAACACAAGUCCGAUGCAACAUGAUUCCUUUCUUAACUCUAUUAAAGUACAACUCAUUUAAACACGAGACACGCUGACAUGACACGUGAGCUUGGAUUGAUCGGCCCGUGUCCAAUCGAGAAUACUAGACCAAAGGAAGCAAACGUGGUUAGUUAAGAGCUAUAGAAAUCAAAAGGCCAAAAGGAAACAAAAAUGGAUCAAAUUCUACCCAAAAAAAACUUCCUAUCUCUCACUCCUCAUUUCUACUAUUUCAGCUUUAAUGGCGUUUUCUGGUAUCUCAAUCCUCCCUAAAUUCCAUCAUCUCCCAUUUUCAACUAAGUUUUUCCCUCAAAAUUCUCAAUCAAAUUCAAAUAAAUCUUCAAUUUUGGCGCGAAUUUCCAACGGUCAGCCACCUUCUUCCACCAACGGUCUCCCUUCUUCCAUUUCAGGCAGACCUGAGGCUGAUGUAGUAGUCAUUGGGAGUGGCAUCGGAGGACUAUGUUGUGCUGGACUUUUAGCAAGAUAUGAGCAAGAUGUUCUCGUGUUAGAAAGUCAUGACCAACCUGGGGGUGCUGCUCAUGCAUUUGAAGUUAAAGACUAUAAAUUUGACUCUGGACCUUCUCUGUUUUCUGGAUUUCAAUCAAGAGGUCCUCAGGCAAAUCCACUUGCACAAGUGUUGGAUGCCCUUGGUGAAACAAUACCCUGUGCAAAGUAUGAUUCAUGGAUGGUUUAUUUACCUGAAGCAGAAUUUUUGUCACGAAUUGGACCCACAGAAUUUUUGAAGGAUCUUGAGAAGUAUGCAAGUGCCAAUGCAGUGCAAGAGUGGAAAAAGCUUCUUGAUGCCAUAAUGCCUCUAUCUACAGCAGCAAUGGCUCUCCCUCCUUUGUCUAUAAGAGGUGAUCUGGGUGUCAUUUCAACUGCUGGAGCUAGAUAUGCUCCUUCUUUAUUGAAGUCUUUUGCUGCAAUGGGACCUCAAGGAGCUUUAGGUGCAACAAAGCUUCUCCGACCUUUUUCUGAAAUAGUUGAUUCCCUGGGACUAAAAGAUCCUUUUGUACGGAACUGGGUGGAUCUUCUGGCUUUCCUUCUGGCUGGUGUCAAAUCUAAUGGUAUUCUCUCAGCAGAGAUGAUUUACAUGUUUGCUGAGUGGUACAAGCCAGGAUGUGUUCUUGAGUACCCCUUACAUGGAAGUGGAGCAAUUGUUGAGGCCUUGGUUAGAGGAAUUCAAAAGUUUGGUGGAAGGAUCUCCCUUCGAUCUCAUGUUGAGAAAAUUGUUGUUGAAAAUGGAAGAGCAGUUGGUGUUAAACUCAGAAGCGGUCAAUUUAUACGCGCAAAGAAGGCAGUUGUCAGUAAUGCAUCAAUGUGGGACACCGUGAAUCUGUUACCGGAAGAAUCUGUACCUAAGACAUUUCAAGAGAGAGUUAAUUCAACCCCACAAUGUGAAUCUUUUAUGCAUCUUCAUUUGGGUUUGAAUGCAGAGGGUUUACGUGAAGACCUUGGUAUUCAUCAUAUUGUUGUGAAUGAUUGGAAGAGAGGAGUUGAUGCAGAUCAGAAUGUUGUUUUGAUAUCAGUUCCCAGUGUUUUGAGUCCAGAUUUAGCACCUCCUGGUAAGCAUGUACUACAUGCAUACACACCAGGAACAGAACCUUUUGAAAUAUGGGAAGGGCUUGAUCGUAGAAGUGAUGAAUACAAAAAACUCAAAGCAGAAAGAGCCGAGGUAAUGUGGAGAGCAGUAGAGCGAGCACUUGGUCCAGGUUUCAACAGGGAUAAAUGUGAAGUAAAGAUGAUUGGUACACCAUUAACACAUCAAAGGUUUCUUCGAAGAAAUAGGGGAACGUAUGGUCCAGCAAUUGAAGCUGGCAAAGGCACUUUUCCUGGGCAUGCAACUUCUAUUCCACAACUAUACUGCUGUGGAGAUUCUACAUUUCCAGGCAUUGGUGUUCCUGCUGUUGCUGCAAGUGGAGCCAUUGUUGCUAAUUCCCUCGUUUCUGUAUCUCAACACUCUCAGCUUCUUGAUGCGAUUGGCAUCUAAUAUUAUUAAUCGAAUACGUGUUUACUGUUUUAGCUGGUGUAUAAAUCUAUUCCUCAUUGCAUACUAAAAUUUUCAGCAUUCUGGAUUGAUUUAACAAAUCCUGUAUACAAAAUGCAUAAUUCUAUUUUUUAGACUCUGAA